AUGUCCUCACACACCCUCUUCUUCUACGGCACCCUAAUGGCCCCUCCCGUCCUGCACCGCGUAAUCUGGGGCUCCCCUACCCCACCCACAGCAGCCCACGCCACGCUCCUCCACAUCCGCCCCGCCAUCCUUCAUGCACACCGACGCCAUAGAGUCAAAGGCGCUGAUUACCCUGCCGUUGUACCCACAGCCGAAGAGCCCACGUCGUCCGUUCGAGGCACCCUGGUAACCGGGCUGACGGACGGCGAUAUCUGGCGGUUGGAUAUUUUCGAGGGGGAUGAGUAUAGUAGGGAGAAAGUUAGGGUUAGGGUGUUAGUGGACGAGGAUAAGGAGGGGGGUACGGGGAUUCCGGGGGUGGGUGUGCGCGGAGAAGGAACAGAGGGUGAAGAGGUGGACGCAGAAACGUAUAUCUGGACCGCGGGGGCCCACAGAUUAGAACCUAAGGAAUGGGAUUUCAACGAGUUUGUAAAAGAGAAGAUGGAGAGGUGGGUUGGGGGUGGUGUGGGGGAGAGGGAUGCGGGCUUUGAUGACGUCGACAACGCAACAUCAGCAUCACGCAACGAUCCAACCGGUGGCCGCGGCGCCAAUGGGGAUAUAUCACGACAACUUGCACAACAAGGACGCGGAGACGAGGAAAAGAUACUCAAAAGCGCGGUAUAA